AGAAAAGAGCAGAGGCUCUGAGCUGUCGGAUCAGGUCCAUUGUCUACUCGUCCGUCAUUAGCAGUCUCAACACGCCCGUGCGUUUUUUCCCCACUAAACUCAGACUACCCUUUUAGUUCUAUCAUCUCCGGUCACUGCGUGAAGCUCCUCCCGGAAAAUAGAGAGAGACACUGUUAUGAGAAAAACAGCAAAAGAAUCACCUGGAUUCUUUCAUAUCAAGAUGAUGUGGAGUCUUUGGAUCCUGCUGGGCACUGUUCUCAGUGUGGAUGGCUACGUGGUGCCCGACCUGCACAAGCGUCUGUCCCACGGGCAUCAGCUGAAGAUCUACCUCCCGAAGAGUGCUGAGAAGCUGGAGUUCAUCCCCGCUGCAGAGCCCCUGAAGACGUACCUGUACUGGGGCCGUGGAUCCCGGGCCACCAGAGGAAAGGUGUCCGGGACAGGAACCGACAGGAGCUGGUAUCUGGACAAAGUGACUUACAAGGACCAGGGGACCUAUGUCCAGAGAGACUACUGGAACAAGGAGAUCUCCUCGCUCAAAGUGGCUGUGACCACCAGGCGUGAGUACACGAAGUGCGUGGUGGGCGAGGAACUCCACAUCUCAUUGGAGGGCAUCGACCAGGCCGACGCCACGCUCUCCUUCUCGGGCGCCAACGCCAACGUCACCCUGGUGCAUGAUGGGGCAGUGGUGGCCCAGGACCUCCCGGACUACUGGAACCGGGUCAAGACCCUUUCCACCAAGAUCAGCAUCCAGAACGUCAACACCUCGGACGUGGGCUACUACACGCUGAAGGACACGCGAGACCGGGUGGUCGCCAUCGUCAGGAUGGAACUCAUAGACAAACAUGAGAAUGAAGCAGGCAACCCCCUCAUGGCCCUCCUCCUCCUGCUUGGUAUCCCUGCCAGUAUCUGUUUCUGUUGCCGGAAGAGGAUCUUCAAGAACAAAUCCCCCGACACCACCGCCAUCCAACUGGACAACCCCGAGACUCUGCACCCCCCUCCCGGCUACAACAUGCCCGGAGGAGGGGUGUCCCCUGGACCUGGUGUGCCGGGAGGUUACCCUCAGGUUUACCCUCCCCCCAACCCUGGGAUGCCUGGCCAGCCUCAAUGGACCGGACCCCCACCUCAACCAUGCUUCAACCCAGGCUACCCCUCCCAGGACCCUUUGUACCCCCCUGCCCAGCCCCCACAGUGGAAUGGCCCACCACCCAACCAGCCACAGUACAACCCUGGUGCUCCUCCGAUGGGGUAUGCGCCGGUGAUGUACAGCGCCCCCUCAGGGAAUGAGGAGAUAAAGAUGGAGAACAUGUCUCCUGCUGAUCCCCUCCUUGCCCAUCCACCACCCCAGGUCCCCCCGCCCACCUCUGAAGCUCUGCACUCCACAGACGGAGCCUUCCAGUUCAACACCGACACAGGAAAAAACGCCCCCACCAACUUCCUGUAGAACGCCUGUCAUCGGUCCAAUCAGGAGCGACCUUAGUAAUGUUGCCACGGCUCCGUCCCGAAUACAGUUCAAUGGCUUCCUUUGCUCAUCUCCUCGACUGUGACCACUUAUAUAAAUGGGGAGGGAUAGGAGAGGAAGCAGUAUGUUGUAACUGUGACCUAGACAUUGCCCCUCAAAUCACCUAUCCAUCCUUUUCUGGUGAGUGUUAUACUGUUUUCUGACAUAAGACAUUAUUAUUAUUAUUAUUAUACCUUUUAAAAAGGCAUAUUUAGAUGACCCCUGUUAAACCAUGGGGCCUGUUUGCAAUUCAAACUAGGGAGGUGUUAAACAAUGGAAGUGUUAAAUAAUUUCCCUGCAAAAAGACAGAUCCAUUCCCAUAGAUACCGUUUUUUUUUUUUUUUUUGGUUACAGGGCCUGUGAAGAAACAGGUUUCAUUACUAGGUCCCUGUUUUUUUUUUUAAAUGUACCCCUUUCACGUAUACAAAAACGACCAAUUUUUUUAAUGUUUUUGUCUCUGUGUAAAUGGGAUAUUAGUGAAAGAAAGGAGAUCAUUUAAAAGGACUUUCAUGUUUAGCUGUGAUGAAGUCAGUCAAAAUGUCCGGGCGGG